CGCGGCACUGCGCGGGCAGUGCGCGGCGGCGGCGGGGAUGGGCGGCGCGGCGCUGGCGCUGCUGCUGGCGGCGGGGCUGUGCGCGGCGCAGUACGAGGAGUACAGCGUGCGCGGGUUCCCCGCGGCCGCGCUGGAGCCGCUGCAGCGCGCCUACGCGCGGGCGCUGGCGCAGUACGCGGGGGCGCAGUGGGCGGAGAGCGCCCGGGAGCUGGAGGCCAGUCUGCGCCUCCACCGCCUGCUGCGCGACAGCGAAGCGCACUGCCACCGCCGCUGCGCCGCGCCCGCGGAGGGGGCCCCCGCGGAAGAGCCCCCCGCCGAUGGGGACCCCGCGGCGUGGGAGUGGGAGCGGGAGAUGCAGCUCUUCGAGCGGCUGCUGCGCCGCGCCGGCUGCCUGCGCGCCUGCAAGCGCGACCUGCCCGUCUUCCAGCUGCGCUACCCCCCGGCGCAGACGCUGCGCGACUUCCAGCGCCGCCUGCCCUACCAGUACCUGCACUACGCGCUCUUCAAGUCAAAUAAGAUCGAGAAAGCGGUGUCCGCUGCCCACACCUUCCUGCAGAAGAACCCCAAGCACGAGAUGACCUUGAAGUACCUGAACUAUUACAGGACGAUGCUGGACGUGGAUGAAUACCUGGUCGACCUGGAGGCUCGGCCCUAUGAGCCGAUAUUCGUGCGGUCGGUGAAGCUGUACAACAACGGGGAUUUCCGGAGCAGUGCGGCCGACAUGGAGCAGGCACUGACCGAGUACUACAAGGCAUACGAGGACUGCCUGGCCAGCUGCGAGGGUGCCUACGAGCUGCAGGAAUUCAAGGACUUCUACCCCGCCAUCGCAGACCACUUCGUGAGCGUGCUGCAGUGCAAAGUGGACUGCGAGACCGAGCUCACCCCCAACGUGGGUGGCUACUUUGUGGAGAAGUUUGUGGCCACCAUGUACCACUACCUGCAAUUCGCCUACUACAAGCUGAACGACGUGCGGGAUGCGGUGCGCAGUGUCUCCAGCUACAUGCUCUUCGACCCGGAUGACGCCGUGAUGCAGCAGAACUUGGUCUACUACCGCUUCCAUCGCAAGCGCUGGCGCCUGCAGGAGGAGGAUUUUGAGCCCCGGCCGGAAGCUGUGCGGUACCACAACCAGAUGGUCGCCCAGAAGAAGAUGCUGGACUUCGCCAAGGAAUACCUGCAGGCUGACGACGAGAUGGAGGUGGACAGUGGCGAGGGGCUGGAGGCACAGGACCUGCCCUCCGACGGCGAGUUUGAGGGCGAAGGUGACUACGAGGAGGGCUUCUUCGCGGAGUGGUGGCAGGAGCCCAAGACAAAGGGGGACAAAGCUGACCAAGAGACCCUGCGAUGAGCCAGGCGAAGGGGCGCCUGGCCCCGACAGAGCUGGACAGCAGUGGCCCUGCGAUGCCAUCCUGGGGACGCCGGGCUUCAGGCUCCUGCCAGCUGCCGCACAGAAACUUGGGAUGGCGGGGAAGGGCUGAUCCUGCCCGGUGCCCUGCGGCAGGGCUGCCUUUGCCGUCUGGACAUCUGCUGCCCUGAGCGCAGCCCGAUUCCCGUCGGUGGAGCACCAGCACUGCCGAACCUCCCUGCCUGCCCGGGACCCCCUCCCUGCCGCCACCCCUGUCCCCAGUGUCCUCAGGAGCCAGCGGCAGUGCCCCGCAGCACCGGGGUUUACUGUGUCCCUCAGCUCCUCCCCAGGACCUGUGGACAGCGCGCCAGGAUCGGGCCCGUGUUGUCUUGAGAGGUUUGGGGGGCUGCCCCUGCUCUGGGAGCAAUGCACGGUGCCGCUGGAGCAGGGUGUGUGCUGGUCCUGCCCCUCCUGGGGGCUUCUACCCUGGUGCCUCCAGCCCCCCAGCCCACCUGCCAGAGCCUGGGGUCCCUCAGGGGUCCCCGGCCCUGUGUCCCAGUGUGCUGGUGUCCCCAUGCCACCUGGCGAGGCUGCGUCACCCGUGCCCUGCGUGUGCCUUGAGUUUUUGCCACGCCAGCCCUCUGUAGCCUUAAGCUCCGUUAAUUUAAUACUUCCUGACUUGCACAGUCGCUUUUUUUUUUUUUUUUU